AUGAUGAAGGCAACCUUCAACUGUACAACUCUAGGUAUGAUGUUAGUGAUGACAUUCAUGUUAUUGUUAUUGUCAUUCGCCCCAUCUGGAUCUAGUGCUUAUGAGAUUGAUACACCCGAGUUAAACUCGGUUAUAUGGUUCUUAAAUCAAACAGGUAGUAGUGUUUCAAGAGAUCCUAAUGUAUUUUGUACUACUAUACCAGAGACUAUUCGAUGCGUAUAUAAUAUAUCUGGUAGAUACCAUGUCUCUGCAAUGAUAUUAUAUAUAUCUUCAUAUGUAUCAUCUGGACCAGCAGUGACGUCAAACCCAACACUCUUUUUCCCAAGGUUGACCGACAUGGUCAUUACAUUUGCUUCAAAUACUCAUCACUCUACCAAUGUUUCGACACUAGAUCUUAUCCAACCCAGUUCCUUUCCAGUGAUCAAUAUAAUAUCACUUUCAAAUGAUGGUACAAUCUAUCAAGUUCCACCAAACUUUGGUGCAUCUAUGCAGUUGACAACUCUUACUAUUAUUAAUGCAGCCAAUUUAAAGAGUGCGACGGUAUCUUCGAUUUUUGCCACUAGAGUCAACAUUCUCAAUCAAUUCUAUCUAAAUGUGUUUUUAUUUGGCUCUACCUUGAAUACAAAAAUUGCAUCAUUGUCAGUUGAGAUGGGUGCAUCACAAGACCUUAUACUAACUUUGGAUUCUUCGUCUCUUCCUUCCCUCAAAUAUCUAUCAUUAACCAAAUAUGACACUGGUAGUCUUACAGUAAACUGCUUUUCAUCAACUAUCAAUACAAUACUACUAUCUGGUCCAACUACUUUGAAUCUAAGAACACCCAAUUUCGAUCAAAUAUUUGAUGUUUAUUUAAAUGGAAUAGGUGCUACUUUAACUCCGACUGAAAUUAGUUCCUACCCCAAUUUAAAAACAUACCGCGUUUUAAAUGCUGCUAGUUAUAAUAUCCCUUUCACCUCAUUUCAAUCAAAUACUAAAUUACAAGACUUGUUAAUAUUAGAUUCUGGAAUUACAUCAUUACAAAAUAUGCCACAACUUCCAAAAAGUUUAAAAUCUUUAAUUUUGAUGAGGAAUAACAUACAAGGACAAUUACCAUUGGAUAUUUUCGAAAAGAUUCCACUAGAACCUAAUACUUUUACAUUUGAUAUCACAUUAAAUCAAAACCUUUCUGGUAGUAUAAGUAAAAAUUUUUGCAACUACUUUACAUAUAUUGCCAACACAUCGAUCACAUCAGUACCUGAUUGUUUCCAUUGUUAUAAUGAUUAUCAAGUUGGAUUCUCAUCAUCUGUACCACUACCUCCUAAUUUCUCAUGUGAUAUUCGAUUUAAUGCAUUGGUAUUUCCAAUCAUCAAUGGAAGCACAAUCGUAGAAGGUUCCAAUUUUGGGUGGGUCGCUCCUCAAAACUAUACCAUGCUUGUUCCCAAUUCAAAGUUCUUAUACCACAAAGCACCAGCAGUAGGAACUUAUCAAAAAGCAGGAUUUGUAAUUGGAACAAAAUACUAUAAAGAGGUGAACCUUAUCGAAUCAACCAUCUAUUUUGUGUUGAACCCAUUUUCAUUUGAUGCAAGUAGCAAUCGUUUGACCAUCUCAUUCAACUUUAUCAAUAAUCAAGCUAUACACACGGUGGUUUUAAUGUCUCGUACUGUACCACAAAUGUACUAUCCAUGUCAGCUGAAUGUGUUUAAUGAUAGCACCAUUGAGUGUACUCUGGAUCAAUUAAAAUCAGGUACAUACGAGGUGACAGUAUCCAAUGAAUUUAACCAAAUGAAAAUGGAUACUCCGUCGAUUACCGCUACCAACCAAGUCACCUAUCCAUUGGUAACAUCGGCACAACUAUCUGAAUCAUCAUUACAAUUAACAUUGUAUGGUGGGUUUGGUGUAAACCAACUCAAUUCACCAACUGUAACAUUAAAUAAUACUCUAGCAUGUCAAGUAACAUCAAAGAAUCAAACUACCAUUAUUUGUACAAUAUCUUCAUCCUCCUCCUCCUCUCAACUACCACCUGGGCAAGCAUCAGUACAAGUUCAAGUGGAUGGAUUCAAUACCAAUUUAAAUAAUGCCAUUAGUAUUGCAUUCCCACCAUCAAUUGAUUUGAAACAAAAAUGUAUUGAAGAUACAUUAAAUUGUUAUGGUCAUGGUCAAUGUAGUGACCAAGGAAUAUGUCUUUGUGAUCAAAAUUAUUAUGAUAAUUGUAGAUAUUUUAGUAUGUAUUAA